UGUCAGUGGUUCUGUGUCAAUGUGUUUUUGUGGAUCACAUGUCUGCAUGUUUAUGUUCUGUAUUCUUAUAUGAGAAAGCAUUGCACCAGUCAGCCCUGAUUUACAGCUGCUCAAAGUUGCUAGUGUGCUUUUUUAUUGUAAUGGAUGUCUUCAGGAGAGUUGCACUGCCCUAUUCAGUUCAACAUUCCUCUGCAGGUAUAAACAGAAUGGUUAUCAAGGACAAGAUGCGUCCAUUGAAAUUCCAACUACACUGGCCACUGGCUUAGAAACAGCUUUUCAAGCAGCCAAUAGGAUUCCUUUGGAAGGGGGCGGGGUUAGGUCAGAUAUCACAAAAGCUAAGAAAGGACACAGCUAUUUUGGCUGCUCAUGCAGGACUGUUUAUUUUGGUAAAAGGUUGUACUGUGCAGAAAGAAAACAGAAGCACAGAAGGGGGGAGUGAGCUGUGUCCCUCCGUGAAGAGCAACCAGAUUUUCCUUCUGCUGUGAUCCAAGCACAGCCACCAUUCCCUUGCUGUCUUGUCAGGUUUGAUCCCCUCCUUUGUUUGUCGUGCCCAGGCCCAUAAUGAGUCUUUACUUCAACACCUACCUCUACCUGAUCCUGCUAAGGGGGAGGAGAGCGAGGCUCUACCACAGGAUCAGGUACCUUUUGACUGUCUUCAGGGUUACAGCCGGGCUAGCCCCUAGACUCCCCUCCUCAGGAAUGAACUGUCCUGUCGGAAUAAUCCCUCCCAAAUCCCAAAGUUCAGUGCUCCGGCUUGGGGGCUCAGCCGGGAUGGAUUCACGGCAGUCCGUUAUUAAUUCUAGUUCCGGCAUCCUCACUUCAGAAUUGCACUCAAGAAAUGUUAGAAUGGAUUAUAAACACACUAGCCUUGGUUUGUUCAAGCCAGGUCCUGGGUCUGUCAUGGCAAGCCUGAGUAGUCUUCGUCUUGGUACGAGUGCCAAAGCAUACUCCUCAUCCCAUAGCAGUAGAAGUAGCAGCAGAAGGGAGGCACCGAUUGGUGUCUGUCAGGAAGAUAAAGAAUCCUUCCAGUUGGGCAACCUAGGGGCCAGCUUUGGGGAGUCCUUCCAGCACCUAUCCCAACACAUCAAUGUCUACUUUGGGGGUAAGAGACUGGAGGGAGAGGGGAGUCAUAAAACUAAAAAUAGGCGAGUGAUAGAGAUUUUGGAGGUCAGGGACCAGGAGCCACAUUUGAGGAUGGCAAGGGGUACCCAAAGUUACUCUGGAGACAGGAAAGGGAGGCAUGGGAUUUUGCAAGCUGAUUCGGAGGCAGAGAACCAUGUACCAUCUAAAGUGCAGCUUUUUCACAUCAGUGGCCUGGCUACCAAGUUUGGUGAGAGUUACAGCUAUGUGGCCAGUCAUAUCAACACCCUUUUUUCUCGAGGCCAAACCCAAGGCGAGCAGCCCCCUGAGUCUGAUUUCAGUAGGGUGGCAAGGAGAAGCCGACGGGGAGCAAGACAGGGGAAACACGCUGGAUCUGAGAGCAAGAUUGGAAGGAAUAUCGCUGAAACACAACCACAUGAGUCUGUCCAAUCUCAUGGGCAGGAUCCUGCUGCAAGAGUAGACCCACUCCAAGACUCAGAAUACAGAGAUAGUUAUUAUCAGUACUUGGCUCAGUAUAUAAACCAGUACUUUGGUUCCAGUGAACCUGCCAUCAAACCAACAAAGUCUGCAAGAUCUAUUGAUGUGAACCAUGUGGAGACUGGGAACACUGCCAAACGAAAUGUCUCUGCUCCGGUAAAUCUAACAAGAGAGGCUGCCUGCAAAACUGCAGAUCAAAAGUCCAGCCAAGAUCACAAAGCUCCAGCCUCCAUACCCAAAACUCCAGGUCUCUUUCACAUCAGUAGCCUAGCAACCAGUUUCGGGGAGAGCUACUCACAAAUGGCCAAUCACGUCAACUGUUAUUUCAAAGGUGAAGGAGCCUGGGAGGAGGAGACGGAGGAACAGGAAGGAGAGUGCACCAAGGAGGUCCUGUAUGAAAGCACAGCACCCCCGCUGGUGAAGAAGCGCACCUUCCUUCAGUACCUCACUCAGCCCACUGGCACUGUGCAGGAACUGCUGGGGAGUUAUCUUGGGAUGGAACCAGGGAGCCAGGUGGCUCAGCCAAGCUCUGGGGUAACAGCGUCAGGAGAUGGGAGAAACAGAAGGGUGUUUGGUAAGAGGCAAGCUGAGGUUGCAGCCCGGGUUCUGGUCCAUAAGGUCCACACUGCCUCCGGGUCACACUCCAUGACAGCCAGAAUCGAGGAACUGAACCGCCACCUGACCCGAUACCCAGAGUGUCGAGCGGUGGCAUGGCAGGAGAAGGCGCUGGUUCUCCUGUUGCGCCAAAGACGUUGCCAUAGUGACGACCAAGAGCUCCAAGGAGCAAUCAGGGAGGCCCUGGCUCUGAUUGGCUAUGCGGACCCGGUCAAAGGUCAAGGGAUAAGAGUUCUUUCCAUCGACGGAGGUGGCACAAGAGGGCUAGUGGCUCUGCAGGUGCUGAAACAGCUGGAGGAGGAGAGUGGCAAGCCAGUCCACCAGAUGUUUGAUUAUGUGUGUGGCGUGAGCACAGGAGCAGUGCUGGCCUUCACACUGGGUCUGGGCCAGACCUCGGUGGGGGAGUGUGAGGAGAUGUACCGCCGCUUCGGCUCCGAUGUGUUUCGGCAGAACCCAUUGGUGGGAACGGUCAAGAUGGGCUGGAAUCACGCCUACUACAACUCUACCACCUGGGAGGGCAUCCUGAGGGAGAAGAUGGGGAGUGAGGUGCUUAUUAAAACAGCCAGGACACCCUCCUGUCCCAAGGUUGCAGCAGUCAGUGCGGUGGUGAACUGGGGGUCGAGCCCCAAGCCCUACAUCUUUCGGAACUACAACCACGCACCGGGGAGUGUGAGCCGCUAUGCGGGCGGGACGGGGCACCGGCUGUGGCAGGCUGUCAGGGCAUCCUCUGCAGCGCCUGGGUACUUCCAGGAGUUCAGACUUCACAACGACAUUCACCAGGACGGAGGGCUGCUGCUCAAUAACCCCUGUGCGCUGGCUGUCCACGAGUGCCGUCUGCUGUGGCCCGGGUCGCCCUUCCAGUGCGUGGUGUCUCUAGGCACCGGUCGCUAUGACAGCGGCAAGAAGAGCGAGGCAACAUGGACCAGCCUGAGAUCGAAGAUCAGCAACGUCAUCAGCAGUGCCACAGACACCGAGGGUGUCCACACUCUCCUGGAUGACCUCCUGCCUGUCGACGUGUAUUUCCGUUUCAACCCCUUGAUGAGCGCAUACGUCCCCUUGGAUGAGAGCCGGGCGGAGUGCCUGGACCAGCUCCGAGAUGACACCGAGCUGUACCUGCAACGCAACCGGCCCAAACUGCAGCGCCUGUCCGGUAUUCUGCAAGCGGAGCGGGGUGCCCUGCAGACAGCGGGGGACAGGCUCGGGGAGAGCGCCUGGAUGUUGAGGCACCGCUGGAGCUAGAGAGCGUGCUGUUCAGUCACAAGGUGUUCGUGUUAAACACUGUCACGUGAAUCUAUUGCAAUGCAGUGGAGAUGACCCUUUACAAACACAUCUUUAAAAAGACUGCAAAGUGACCGUUUAAUAUGCAAUUCUAGUGCAUUGAGCAUUCAUUCAUUCUGGCCUAUACUGUACUGUUGUACAUUGAAUGAGCUAUAAUUUUAAAUAUAAUUUAUUUUUUCAAUAAUGUCAAUAAGAAGAGCACAGUGUUUUACUUUUCAAAGAAUAGACAUAUGUUUGUAACAAUAUUGCAGGCAUUUGUGUAAAAUGUAUUGUCCUGAACUAUGUUUGUAACAAUAGGGCCUAUUCACAUAACCUUCAGUGAAAUAUGUAAUAUAAGAUGUGUUUAUUACU